AUGGAAACCGACGUCAACAUGACAGAAACACUGACAGCUAUGGAGAUGGACAGCGCAAAUAUCCCACAAUGUGAGCAUAAAAUCAAAAAUAUCGACUGGAUCUCAUGCAAAGACUUUACAAUCGAGAUCGGAGAGCAUCAGAUCAGGCAAUACAUGGACACAUGGGAUAUACAGCAACCCGGCUGGCUCUACAGCAUGAAGUUUCUGCAGGAAACAGAGCUGGAGUUUAAAAAGCAAUACAAGUACGAAGCCAAAUGGAGCAUCCCGACCCGAAGUACCCCGACCAGAGCCACAGCAAGCGUGUAUUUCAUCAUCGAACUCUCCAAAAUCAAACCAGAUACCCUGCCUGUGGACGUUCACUUCCUCGUUGAAACCAACAGGUUCAAACAUAUUCCAGGACGAACGAGGUUCAGGGAAAAGUGGCUGGUGGAUGUCAUUGAGAGCAAUAGACUACUGAUAGACACUGUUGGCUUUUAAAACGUCAAAAACUGUAAUUAUAACUCCGUUAUGCAAAAACAAACUAUGUAUUUCAAUGAAAAUCAAUUAAAAUGAUUUAACUGUUGUUUUAUAAGCUGUAACUGUUAAUACUGUAUGUAACUUUACAGGUGUUUAGUAUAGAAAUAAGAAACCUCUUAUCAACCAUAAUGCUGUUUUUGCCAGUUUAAUCUUAAUUAUCUAAGCGCAAAAUGUCAUUUACUUUUAUCAAUAAUACAUCAUUAUCUUUAUAUGCAAUUAAUAUUUUUAUAGAGACAACAAUGUAUUGUUACAUAACAGUUAUGUUUACUAUUUUUAAGAGGCUGUUCAUUGGACCCUUAGUUGGUGUUGUUAUGAUCACCUAAGACUGACUACAAUAAAUAACUCUGCUCUAUUAAGAGGGAAUUUGACAUAUUAAGCAUACAA